AUGCAGCGCCGAGCGAGCUCCAUUCAUGUCCAAACCUCCAUGUCCCCCGAGCGACGCCGCAGUAGCAACAACACGCUCACACCUUCCUCCCAWCGCCGACCCUCAGCGCUUUCCACCACGACCCUCGAAGCGGGGAAUGUCUCGUCCCCGGCCGAUCAGCUGGUGGCGGAAGAGAUUGCAGCGCUGAAACGAUACGAGGACUUUACAACCAUAGACUGGAUCCAGGACUCCUCUCGAGAGCAGAAGCGUCGAGCAGCUCGUCGGCAUGCGCGCAAUAGCACAUACACAUCAUGGCGUCUCAAAUUGCUCUCAGCCUAUGAUGCGGCGCAAGGCUGGCUGGUAUUUGCGUUGAUUGGCGUUGCGAUCGGGAUCAAUGCUGCCUUUUUGAACAUCAUCACCGAGUGGCUCUCCGACAGCAAACGCGGUUACUGUACCACUGCGUUCUACCUCAAUGAGUCAUUCUGCUGUUGGGGCUCCGAGAAGGGAUGCUCAGAAUGGCAUCGGUGGAGCACAUGGACUCUGAUAGACUACGCAAUCUACAUACUCGCCGGAGCGGCUUUCGCAUACGCAAGUGCUCGGCUGGUAAAGAGCUUCGCACCGUACGCAGCAGGAAGCGGAAUCAGUGAGAUCAAAUGCAUCAUUGCUGGGUUUGUGAUGAAAGGCUUCCUGGGUGGUUGGACGCUGUUGAUCAAGUCUAUUGCCUUGCCUUUGGCGAUUGCCUCCGGAUUGAGUGUGGGUAAGGAGGGACCAAGUGUUCACUACGCAGUGUGCACGGGAAAUGUGAUCGGCCGAAUGUUCAGAAAGUACAGACGAUCUGCAGAAAAGACGAGAGAGAUUCUAUCAGCAUGUGCAGCGGCCGGUGUUGCUGUUGCGUUCGGAUCGCCCAUUGGAGGCGUGCUAUUCAGCCUGGAGGAGAUGUCUUCCUACUUUCCACUUCGAACGCUCUGGAAGAGUUACUUCACUGCCCUGGUGGCUACUGCGGUCCUCGCCGCUAUGAACCCUUUCCGGACGGGACAGCUGGUCAUGUUCACUGUCAGCUACGAUAGAUCAUGGCACUUCUUCGAGAUACCGUUCUACAUUCUCAUCGGAAUCUUCGGAGGCUGCUAUGGCGCCUUCGUGAUGAAAUGGAAUCUCCGUGCUCAGGCGUUCCGGAAGCGCUACCUCACGACAUAUCCAAUUCUCGAAUCGGUCCUACUUGCAGUGGGCACCGCAAUAAUCUGCUACCCGAACGAGUUCCUCCGCCGAGACAUGACAGAGAGUAUGGAGAUACUCUUCCUGGAGUGUGAAGGUGAGGCCGCCGCUACAGCAUUGUGUCAAGCCGAUCAUCGAUGGAGAAUGGUCUUCUCCCUUCUACUUGCCACCAUAAUCCGCGUCUUUCUGGUAAUCAUUAGCUACGGCUGCAAAGUGCCAGCAGGAAUCUUCGUUCCCAGCAUGGCAAUCGGCGCAUCCUUCGGUCGCCUGGUCGGCAUUCUUGUGCAAGCACUGCACGAAUCAUUUCCGAAUGCCACCUACUUUGCCGCAUGUACAGCAGGCGAAACUUGCAUUACACCAGGGACUUAUGCUUUUCUUGGCGCUGCCUCCGCUUUGAGUGGUAUCAUGCACCUCACAAUUUCUGUCGUAGUGAUCAUGUUCGAACUGACCGGAGCGUUGACAUACAUCCUACCCACCAUGAUCGUGGUCGGCAUCACCAAAGCGGUUAGUGAACGCUUUGGCAAAGGAGGAAUCGCAGACCGGAUGAUUUGGUUCAAUGGAUUCCCCUUCUUGGACGGGAAAGAGGAGCACACAUUCGGCGUGCCGGUAUCCACGACUAUGACCACCGCGCCAACAGUCCUUCCGGCAGAUGGCCUGCGGAUAAAAGACGUGGAACGCAUUCUCAGCGACACGACAGUGCAAGGAUUCCCAAUCGUUGAUGACGAGGCUACGGGUAUCCUAUUGGGCUACAUUGGUCGCACGGAGCUUCGCUAUGCUCUUGAUCGUGCAGCUCGUGAACAAAUGGUCGGUGGAAAUGCACGCUGCCUCUUCUCACCUUCUACCGAUCGUAGGACCGGAGUCGGCGACCUAUCCGCCACGACACCAUCUAUGGCCUUCCCUGCGGUAAACUACUUUGGCGAAGGACAACAACAGCAUGCUAGUGUUGAUUUCUCAAAGUUCAUUGAUCCUGUUCCACUUACUGUGCACCCUCGACUGCCACUGGAGACAGUGAUGGAGCUUUUCAAGAAACUUGGUCCGAGAGUCAUUCUAGUUGAGCAUCGCGGGAGGUUGAUGGGACUUGUCACGGUGAAAGACUGCUUGAAGUAUCAAUUCAGGGCGGAAGGUAAGGAGGAUCCGAGGGAAGGAGGGCAGGAAAGGAUCUGGGACAUGUUCAAGAAAGUAGAAGCUUGGGUACGAGCUCGAACAGGAGUGGGCGGAGGCUUGCUGGGGAUGAGUGGGCCUGUGCGACUGCAGGGCGAAUACUCUGCUGUUGAAUCAGAUGAGAGAGCAGAGGAGUUGGACAUCCAUGGGGCAGGUCCUGCGGCAGGCGGAGUAGAGCUGGUUGAUAGGAGAGAAGGAGUUUCAUAG